UUUUUAAUAUCAAUAUUAACAUAUACACGUACAAUUUGGCUUUAGUCCAUUCACAAUAUUUUAAAUGGCUGUGGCAUCUACAAGCGGUACCGCGAAAUCGGUCGGUGUAUCCAAGCAAGAAGUUUUAAAUGAACUUGUCUGCAAUUUGCGAUGUGCACAAUGCGGGAGAUUCCCGUCUAAUGCCCAUAUUUGUCCGAAAUGUUCCGAGAUGUUCUGUUAUAAAUGUAUCUGUGAUUGGUUAAGCAGUACCAAUAACAAAUGUGCCAAUUGUAAUGCCAAAAUCCACCGUGAAAUAUUGAUCAAGCUACGUUGUUUUGAAAAUUUGGACUCUAUCGGUAUCGAAACGGCAAGAUUAAAUGUGACCAAUAACAAUAAUAAUUCACAGCCAGCCGAGUUAGAAGUUGCUGGCUAUGAAGGGUGUCAAGAAGAGGAGUGGAUUGAAAUUGCGCCUGGUCGGCAAGAGCCUGUUGCUAAUCUUCCCAAAGCUGUACAGGGUACGUUUACACUGCGAAACUUUCAAAACUGUCGUGCGUCAUGGAUUUAUUCUGAACGUGUGGUUGACGAAAUGGGUUUCAACUGGCGACUGCGAGUAGGGCCCCAAAGGCCUCACCAGGAUAGGCGUGUUGUGCAGGUCCUUGUAGAAAUGCUCUCCGGCGAAGAAGGUUUCUUCGAAAUUAUGCUAGAAUUGCUCAACAUUGUUCCAAGGGCAAUUCUUGGCAAGACUUUUGCCAGCAAAGAAUAUUACAUCGGGCCUGACUAUUUCCUGUCGGUCCAUGAACUUCCAAGAGGGCAUUAUGACUUGAACUUUAGAUACACUAUUCGUCCUGCCAAUUUCCAUGCAAAGAUGCAAAUUCAGCAACGCUUACUGGACAAACGAAAACAGCGGUUCCAGCAAAUGAAAGGAAAAUUUUCUAGAUUUGAAUAUCGUCUAACCGUUGCAGAUUUGCAUAAUGAUAAUAUUUCCAAAUUUACCGACUCGAUGAACAAUGAGUGGCAUUUUGGUGUGCAUAGGGUUCAUUCAAAGGCUGAGUUUCAGUUGUGUCUAUACGAUGGAUUUUAUGGAAUGUACGAAGUCCAGCUAACGAUGGCUCAUUCUGUGGAGGAUUAUGACAAAGUACUACACUGCGAGAGAGAGUUUCAAAUGAAUCAGAAAAAUGUGUUCAGUUUUCAAAUACGGUGGGAUCAACUAGAAGAGCAUGGUUUUACUCAUGGAUAUCAGAAUUAUGUGAAAAUUCGCGUUGCAGUCUGUCCCAUACAGCUAGAUCUGGAAUUUAUACAGGAUUGCAUAAAGCCUAUGCCCACUGAUGACGUGGAGUAUUAUACCUCAUCGUCGUCGGACUAAGUAUUUUAUUGUUAUUCAGGCAAU